UUGAUACCUGUUACCGUUGCCCAAUUGUUAAAAGCUACAGAAGAUCAAGGUGACACUUAUCAAAUUUCUGGACGAGAAGUUUAUCAGAUUACCUUUGUUGGCGUGAUAAGAUCUGUUACAGAAUCGGCAGCUUAUACUCAAUAUGCAGUUGACGAUAUGACCAAAUCACCAAUAUCUGUACGUCGAUGGGUAGACUCUGAGGUAAGCUGCAAUAUGUACUCUACACUUGCGGAUGAUACAUAUGUUAGAGUAGUUGGUCAUUUACGUGCUUUGCAAGGAGUCCGAUAUGUCAUGGCAAUAAAUAUUCAGCCAAUCGAAGACUGCAACGAAAUAACGUAUCAUAUCUUAGAAGUUAUACAUUCACAUUUGUUGCAAACUAAGGGCCCCGCUAUAGUACGAAUCUUUAUCACUACUGCAAAUUGA